CCUCUCUUUCUACAACUUCACCUCAAGACAGUAGAAGCUCGCCCCAUAGUGGGAAACCGAGUGACGAUUCGCCUCGGUCCAUCGGAAAGUCCGCAUCACUCCACUUGUGUUAAAUAAAGAACGCCAUGGUGACUACGGCAGCCCCUGGAAACGACACAACAACAUAUCGUACCAAUGGAAAUGGUGCAACAGUGCCGAUCCUCGCCAGCCUAACUGGGAUGCUGGUUAUAGCUGUGCUGAUCCUGGUGGCGUACAUAGUUAAAGUAAGGCUAGAUACGCCCAAACAUAGAGGCUUCACGCUUCAUAUGGUUAAUGCACGCCCUGCAAGUGUCACAAAGGUCAUGGGUCAGACUGUGGGCACGCAAGUCAAUCUCGGCGACUUAAUGAGCCAAAACAUGGCUGUCAUACCAGAAUGUGAAGACAUAAGAAUGAGGAACAAGUCGGGCACAACAAUGUCGGAUUGUGUCAUUUACCACACGCUACUGGAAGACUAUGGAACUGAUAGACUUUCACAUCCAUAUGAAGAUGUUGUGUGCACAAAUACGACACUGAGACCGCUAGCACCGGCCACCGUUAACACUCGCUGUGUAAAUCCUACCAGAAUGACUGCUCACCGACCUAAGGUUACGUCGACUCAGACAGGAGAAGGCUCUGAGAUGCAAGGCCCAGAACUACGUGCUGGUUCCAUUCAGAACAGCUCUGUAAACAACAUCCUUCCAAUGGAGAAUGAACCAGAAUGCGAUUCCAUACAAAUUAGCCGUUUAUAAAAACAAAACGGAAUGUCUUGUCUUUAUCUAAACGAUAAACAAUCUACCACGUACCCUUAUGAAAAUCUUGAACAUUUCAGUGUUGCAUGUUUUCGAGUUCGUGGAAACCCUGAAACGCCAUAAAAGAGGACAAGAGUGAAUCACCUUUAUAAACUGCCACAGCUCUUGAUGUCGGAUGUGAUUAAGUUUGUAGCCAUACAAAUGAAGGUAAAAGAUGACGUGACAUGUCACAAUAUUGUCUGAAUCGUGAAGAGGGACAAGGCUCGGACAAACUGGACGUUCAAUUUAGUUUCAAAUUGUUAAAAAACACAACACUGAUUUCCUACUUCUGCAGUUUAUGAUGGACGAGUCUUACAGGAAAUCAUCUAUAUCAAACACAGACCAAUUGUUACCUUCAGGCAGCCACUGAAUAUACUUUACAGCAGUAUCCUGGAAAUGGACAUUAUAUAAUUGAAGGGAAUCCGUCUUUCAGUUUGUUCAAACACCUUUCGUAAAAUAUUAUCUCGGUAAAAUGAGACGAGGCUGCGGUAAAAUCUUCACAAAUACCAUGCAUUGAAAAGCACAAUAACUGAUCUUCUCAACCAGGGACGACAACUCCCCGCAGCUACUCUGUCAAUAACGUUUUAUUUGGGAACGAUAUGCAGAUUUUACUCACAUUUAUACUGAUGCCUCCAAGGAUUCGGCCAUGAUCCGUACUGCUGGAGCUUUCUGAAUCCCUGAUUACAUUAUCUCUGAUGUGUUCAGGCUUCAUGAUUACAUAUCAGUUUUUGCAGCAGAACUCAUAGCAAUUCUACAAGCACUGAGCGGAGCUACAAG